GAUCAAUGCCCACGGACAAUUAUGCGUUGUGCAGAGAAUCAAAUACUUGUACCGUACAACCUCCUUAAGCAUCCGGGAGCAGUCUUCCACUACAGUACAGACAUGGGAUGACCCGGAUGUUGAAAUUUCAUGGGUAAAGUUAUGCAAGAAGGUUCGACUAUCCAGAAGAACAGAUAAGAAUUAAGUCAGAAUUCUUGAUCCCUCUUGCGAACAGAGAUCGAAGGCUUCAGUUCCAUUUCUAGUCUGAAGCUUUUGAGUCACAAAAACGCAGCCCUACGGACGAAAAAAGAAAAAGAAAAAUGGCGAGAUGGUCUUGCGAUUUCAGAUACCUUCUCAUCCUCGUUGUAAUCGGAUUCAUAUAUACCCAGGUGAAGCUUUUUGCCACACAAUCUGAGUACGCCGAGGCACUUGAAACUGCAGUGGAAGCAGAAAAUCAUUGCAGGAAUCAGAUGCGGUUACUAAUUGAUCAGAUAAGCAUGAAUCAGGAAAAUAUUGUGGUUUUGGAAGAAAAAGUAAAACGUCAAGAACAGGAGUGUGAACAUCUGAGGGCACUUGUUCAAGAUCUUGAAAAAAAAGGUGUCAGAAGUUUAACACGGGAAGAACAGGCACCAGUGGCAGCUGUUGUAAUUAUGGCAUGCAAUCGUGCUGAUUAUCUAGAAAGAACUAUCAAAUCUAUCUUAAAAUAUCAUAGUUUUGUCGCAUUAAAGUUUCCUAUUUUUGUAUCCCAGGAUGGGUCAAAUUCUGAUGUUAGAGCAAAGGCACUCAGUUAUGAUCAACUGACCUACAUACAGCACUUGGAUUAUGAACCUGUACGUACUGAAAGGCCUGGGGAGUUAAUUGCGUAUUACAAGAUCGCACGUCAUUACAAGUGGGCAAUGGAUCAACUGUUUUACAAACAUAAGUUUAAUCGUGUCAUCAUACUUGAAGACGAUAUGGAGAUUGCUCCUGAUUUUUUUGAUUACUUUGAGGCUGGAGCUGGCCUCCUGGAUAAAGAUAAGUCAAUCAUGGCCAUCUCAUCAUGGAAUGACAACGGGCAAAAACAAUUUGUGCAUGAUCCUUAUAUGCUAUAUCGGUCAGAUUUUUUCCCUGGUCUUGGAUGGAUGCUAGCUAAACCUACAUGGGAUGAGCUUUCUCCAAAAUUACAAGAAAAUCACAAAGGGAGACAAUUCAUUCGUCCAGAAGUAUGCAGGACUUACAAUUUUGGGGAGCAUGGUUCUAGUUUGGGACAGUUCUUCCAACAAUAUCUUAAACCUAUUAAACUCAAUGAUGUCAAAGUUGAUUGGAAAUCAAUGAACUUAAGCUACCUAAUGGAGGAUAAAUUUGUGAAGCAUUUUGCAGACAUGGUGAAAAAUGCAAAACCUCUUUAUGGAAGUGAUCUUGUUUUGAAGACAAAUAAUGUAGAUGGAGAUGUGCGUAUAAAAUAUAAAGAUCAAUCACAUUUUGAAAAGAUCGCUCAACAAUUCGGCAUUUUUGAAGAGUGGAAGGAUGGCAUACCAAGAACAGCGUAUAAAGGAGUUGUUGUUUUUCGGCACCAAACAUUAAAGCGAGUAUUUCUUGUGGGGCCAGAUUCCCUUCACCAAUUAGGGAUCCAAAAUCUUGUUUAAAUCAAAUCUUCUCUCAAAGUCAAAGGUACAGCAAAAAUAUUUUUUAGGACGAAAUUGUUGUUCUUGAUUACUAUAUAUAGAAAGAUGUAUCGGUAAAUAUUAGAACAGUUGAGGUAAC